CAGCCUGGUAGGGGUGGGGGAUAACAAGUGUUGGGGAGGGUAGUGUGUGUGGCAGGUGGUACAGUAGCUCACCUCUCACUACCAACGCGACCUCCCCAACACCCACACACAUACCCCACCUAUACACAUUACCAUAUAAACCACCAAACUAUAUUAGCUACCUACACAGAAAAGUAAAAAUCUCUCGAUUAUCAGUGUUUACAAGUGAAAAAAAAAGCCUACACAAAAUUGAACAUAUUUCACGUGAUAUCAUUGCCUAUAGAAAAAAAAACUACAUUAGGCUUCCUGGUUUUCACAAGUGCUACAACUUAACCAAAUUUCCGUAAUAUGGUUUUCUGCGGCGUGGACCCCAACAGGAGACAAAGCCGGGAGCUGGAGAAGAAGAUCACAGCCUGGAUGAAAGACUACAAGAAAGCCAUCAAAAUUUUGUUACUAGGUGCAGGAGAGUCUGGCAAGACCACCAUCAUUAAACAGAUGAAGAUUCUUCACAUCAGUGGCUUCUCUCCAGAAGAGAAGCGGGAGAAGGCGCAGGACAUCCGCAACAACAUCCUGGAAGGCAUCACCACUCUAACAAGGAAUCUGGACGAGUUAAAUAUAGAACUGGAGCAAGAGGAGAACCAAGAGGCCAAGGAUUAUAUCCUCGGUAUUGACCCUGAGAACUUCAACUUCCCCGAGGAGUUCUAUGUCUACACUAUGCAACUGUGGAGUGACGCAGGGAUCCAGGAGGUGUACAGCCAACAACACAGGUUCCAGCUCAUAGACUGCGCCAAGUA